AUGCAAAAAUCAGUAGCCAUGCAAGCGCAUGCGCCGUUAGUUACCGCGAUCUGCGCAGCCAUUGGCGCCCUUUGCACAGUUUCCGGCAUCGGUCAGCAUGGUGGCAACUUCAAAAGUAUCCAAUCGUCAGCGGCCGAAUGUAAUCUCUACCUUCCGGCCGAUGCUGUGCGGCAAGACUGCGGCACCCGCUGUGUGGCGUUGGUGAACCGCAUCUGGAACGAUACAGCCGGACGGCUAUCGGAAACGGUCGGGCGGUUCUACACUCUGGAUCCGAAGGAUCCCGGCGCACACAAUCGCACCAGCCAGUGCGUGAAGCAGGUCAUCGCUACAGUUCCGAGCAGAAAUAGCUGCAAGUUGGCGGAUGCUUCAGUGAACUGCUAUCGCAGCAACUACGGCCGACUGGAUGUGGCUACGCCACGCUAUGUUCCGUUCACCGAUGUUCAGCAGGUUCGAAUUCUGUCCGAAUGUGCGGCCAUGCUAGGCGUGUCGCACAAAUUGACCCAAGUGGUGCGAAAUGGGAUGCAGAGCAUACCGGAAGGUGCCUGCUUGCUGCGGUGUCUGCUGAUGCGACAGGGUCUGUACACCGACCGGGGCGGGCCAGAUCUCGGGCGAUUGUCGGUGCAAUGCGGUGGGUACGGUCCCCAAGAGCAGGAGUGGCGCGCCAAUGUGACCCAAUGCGUGGCGAAGGUGCAGGCGGAAUGUAUCGACGAUAAAUGUGUCCGGGCGGAACGGAUUGCGGUGGAGUGCCUCGUGAUGCGUCUGAAGUUCUUCGAAGCAAGAAGUCCGAAGCUUAGAGAGCAUAUUCCGUUUGGGAUUGUGUUUGAUGUAACAACAGCAGCAGCAGGCGCGGGUGCCACUGCUGUAGCUACAGUGAGAGUGAUUACGUACAUCUACGUUUAUUAUUAUUUCUAA